UCAGCGGCGUUCUCUCUGUCGUCGUGCGCGCGGGACACCUCGAGCUGCUCUCGUCGCACAUACAACAUCUGCCGCACGAUUGGGCACGCAGGGUUCGCUCAUCCGUAACAUCGUUCCGGCUGAACCCUCUUCGGGGAAGGCGUCGCGAGGUUCCGAGCGAGCGGCUUAACCCUGACGAAAGAAUCGCGGGGGUGAAGGAGCUAUCGCGGUUAUCGGAAUAAUGCGUGGAGUAACGGUCGAUGGUGGCAGCAACGAUGGCACCGAUGACAGGUUGAUCCGGGGGUGAGUAUGCGCGCGGGAGAAUGAGGCACCCUCGCCCGACGCGGGAGCACAUCCUGAGGAACGUCACGAGCGGGCAGACUAGUCAUGAUGCUGGUACCACAGGACCUCAUGGGCGGCCCGUCGAAGAUGCUGUAUCAAAUGAACAAGUACUACGUCGAGCGCGUGCAGGCACGCAUGGGCCAGGUGCAGAAGACCAUACGAGAGGUGUGCAAGGUCGUGCAGGACGUGUUGAAGGAGGUCGAGGUGCAGGAGCCGCGCUUCAUCUCGUCGCUGACCGAGUGCAACGGCCGCUACGAAGGUCUCGAGGUGAUCUCGCCGGCUGAAUUCGAGGUGGUCCUCUACCUGAAUCAGAUGGGCGUCUUCAACUUCGUCGACGACGGCACCCUGCCGGGCUGCGCGGUGCUCAAGCUCAGCGACGGCCGCAAGAGGUCCAUGUCGCUCUGGGUGGAGUUCAUCACCGCGUCCGGUUACCUGUCGGCGCGCAAGAUACGCUCGCGUUUUCAGACCCUGGUGGCGCAGGCGUGCGACAAGUGCAACUACAGGGAUUCCGUCAAGAUGAUCGCCGACACCACCGAGGUGAAGCUGCGUAUACGCGAACGUUACGUCGUGCAGAUCACGCCCGCGUUUAAGUGCUCAGGUGUGUGGCCGCGAUCAGCCUCCCACUGGCCGAUCCCGCACGUGCCCUGGCCGCAUCCCAACUUGGUCUUGGAGGUGAAGAACGACGGUUUCGACCUGCUGUCGAAGGAGAGCAUCGCGCUUCAGGGCAAGCAGUCGGCAAUGGAAGGUGACGCUUGGGUGCUGUCGUUCACGGAAGCGGAGACCAGGCUGCUGCAGGGAGGCUGUCGCCGGAAAUGUCUGAGCAUACUCAAGACCUUACGAGAUCGGCACCUCGAUCUGCCCGGAAACCCGGUCACCAGCUAUCACAUGAAGACGCUGCUGUUGCACGAGUGCGAGAAGCAUCCCCUCGAAACCGAGUGGGACGAGAGUUGCCUGGCCGAUCGAAUCAACGGGAUCUUUCUGCAGCUAAUCUCCUGUUUACAGUGUCGUCGCUGUCCACACUACUUCCUGCCGAAUCUCGAUCUGUUCAAGGGAAAGUCUCCCAGCGGCCUAGAGAAUGCGGCGAAACAGGUCUGGAGACUCACGAGGGAGCUGCUGACGAACAGCCGCGCGCUCGAGAAGCUUUAGCAUCUUGACGAAGAGACGCGCGUGAGAAGCUGGAGGAGUUACUCGAUUGUAACAGGACUCUGAGAACAUUGCUGCCGCACGGCAUAUUACGUGCUUCACCGAUGCUACACGCAAACAGUAUUGCGAAUUACUGUUACUACUUAAUACACGCUUUUAUCAAGGGCUUAGGGAUGGUGCAUUGUUACGAACGAUCCUCGACACGUAAGCCAUUUUAAGUCGUACUCGUCCUCCUCCGGUAACAAUCACAAUUCAACGAGCAAUAAGCUAUCGUCAAAAUAGAGAUAGCCGGACUUUUAAUUUCGUUCUUUGAUGGUCACGUAGAAACGCAACAUGAAAAUCCGCUGCGAUUAAAAUGUGAUCGUACGUUGAAUUUUUACGUUCUAAAAUUAAUCAAAUUAUAUAAUUUGUGAUCCAGAAUUUGGAGAGAUUUUGCAGCCAAACUUGUCUCUGUAACAAUAUCAAUCGAAUAAACGAAGACUGAACUUGUGUAAGCUACGAAUAUCCAAGAAAAGAGAACCGAGCACGCUAUCACCAAAGUAAUUUUUAUGCCGCAAAAUAUACAUACAGAACGAUGGCUCUUCCGCCUUACAGUUGGAUAUGAAUUACAAAUUCUCUUCCGACACAUCGACCCACCGACAAAUUAAUGCGUCUCACUUUAAACAUUUUAUGUGGCUGUAAAACAAGCAAUAUCGCGGAUCACGAUAUCCCACGCCAGCAGUUAUGCGUUAAGCAUAUCUCGAUAUCUCUUAUUAACGUACUGCGUCAUGUUGUAUCGCACGUGGAUCAUGCGAUGCGGUUUGUCGGAACGAAACAUCUCGUGUAAUUCGGUACAAGACUUUUAGCGAGCGCGAACUUCCGUAUUACGAACGUACGCUUUUACAACACGGAAUUAAUUUCGCAUCCCAAGUUACUCGUAUAUUAAAAGAAGCGUAUAUAUAUUAUAGAAUGCGACGCGUUUGUUUAGUAAUUGACUGUUAUAAUUUCGUUCAUUCAUUCGCCUGGAAGCGCAAUGCAAUUUGUUAUUCUUUUUGAUCUGAUAUUUAUAAUCGGUUAGCUGCAGGCUUCCGACGGUAGUUUGACUAUUCGUUGUUAUAUGUAUAUAUCAUACGGUAUACAUACUUCUCUCUCUCGCAUUAUUUAAAUGAUAUUUAUUUUACGAUCAUUAUUCGAAACACGAUGUGCAUGUAAAUAACGAAUAAAUGCAUUUGUCAUCUUCGA